AUGAUACCUGAAGCCUCCCUCUGGGAUUUUCUGAAUGGAAAGAUUCUGGACCUUCUUUGCCUGGUGUACAAUAGCCUGUGGCUAUGGCUUCCCAGACUUGUAUGGGGUUUUCCCUUCAGCUUUCUGAGGGCCCCUUGGCUGGUGCUACUCAGUGUCAUGCUAUGCUGUCUCCUCCUAGGGGCUCCUCUGAGCCCCAACUCAACACAGGAUGAGGAGUCUUUCACUGUGGGGGUGCUGGGUCCAUGGGAGUGUGACCUCCUCUUCACCAAAGCACUCCCCCAUGUGGCUGCCCACCUAGCCAUCACACGAGCCAAAAGAGAGUUCUUGUUGGAGCUGAGCACUCGAUUGGAUUAUGUGAUCCUUGAGGAGGGCUGCAAUACUGCCCAGUCUCUGGCUACUUUCCUCUCCUAUAGAAGUGCUGUGUCUACCUUUGUGGGGCCUUCCAAUCCUGGCUACUGCCCAGCAGCAGCACUCCUGGGCCAGAACUGGGGCAAAGCCCUUUUCUCCUGGGCAUGUGGAGCCCCAGAAUCAGGAGGCACGUUGGUCCCCACUUUGCCGUCCACCAUCCAGGUCCUAUUGGCUGUCCUGAGGCACUUUGGCUGGGCUCAUGUGGCUGUCAUUUCCUCCCAUCAAGAUGUCUGGGUAGACACAGCCCAACAGGUUAUCUCAGCCCUCAGGACUCAUGGACUGCCUGUGGGGCCAGUAACCUCUCUGGGGCCUGGAGGCCAGGGAGCUAUUAGAGCCCUGAAGCAGCUUCAAGAUACAAGUAGGUUGAAGGUGGUGGUAAUGUGCAUGCACUCACUUCUUGUUGGUGGUUCUGAGCAGGAAGUCUUGCUUGCCCAAGCUCAUGCACUUGGCCUGACGGAUGGCAGGUAUGUCUUCAUCCCUUAUGAUGCGCUGCUUUAUGGGACGCCCUAUCGCAACCGGUCCUACCCAGUGCUGAGGGAUGCUGGUGGCCUUCAGGAAGCUUAUGAUGCCGUGUUGACUAUCAGUCUGGAAUCUGGUACAACUGACUUCGAUGGAGCCUUCUCAGCUGCCAGGAAGAGUGGGGAAAUCACUGCCAACACAGAGCCUGAACAAGUGUCUCCACUCUUUGGGACCAUCUAUGAUGCCAUCUUUCUUCUGGCCAAUGCUCUGAAUCACUCUAAGAAACAAGGGGGUCAGCUCUCAGGAAACCAUCUUCGGGAUCACAUUAUGUCUCUGGACCUAGCUGGUUUUAGCCAGAGGAUCCAGACAGAUGAGAGAGGAAAUAGGUUGGCCCGCUAUGUAAUCUUAGAUACAGAUGGUCAGAAAAAUCAGCUUAUUCCAACCCAUUUGCUGGACAUGUCCACUCUAUCAGUGCAAUCACUGGGAAGACCUAUUCACUUUCCACAAGGAAUAUCCCCUCCCCCUGAUUCCAACUGUUGGUUUGAUCCAGAUACUCUAUGUACCGGAGAUGGGUGGUCCUUGAUUCCCCUCCUGGCUGUGAUAUCAUUGUCUACCUUAGUGCUUGGAGGCCUGGGUCUCAUUUACCUUAUGAGGACUCUGCAGUUCCAGCCUGGAGGAGGGCCCAACAAGGUUAUACUGACUAUGGUAGACCUCACCUUCACUCAUCCUCCACUGAACCAGCGGAAACUCACUUUGGAUACCCUCAGCAAUUCCCGGAAUCCCUCAGAUGUCAAGAGUCUUAGCUCAGAUGUCCAGUCUCCAGGGAGGGCCCUCCCAGCCACACCAGAAUCUUCCAACAUGGCCUUGUACCAGGGAGACUGGGUUUGGCUGAAGAAGUUCAAGACUGGAACAUCCUCUGAGCUCCGUCAGAGUUCUGUGAAGCUACUGAAAAAGAUGAGGGAUCUGAGACAUGAGAAUGUGGGUCUCUGCCUGGGAUUCUUUACUGAUCUGGGUGUUUCUGCCAUUGUGUUUGAGCACUGUUGCAGAGGCAGUUUGGAGGAUUUGCUGAAAAAUGAGGCCCUGAGGCUUGACUGGACUUUCAAGUCAUCCCUCCUGAUGGAUUUGAUUAAAGGUGUCCGGUAUCUCCACCAUCGAGGGUUUCCCCAUGGUUCCCUCAAGUCUCGCAACUGUGUUGUGGAUGGGCGUUUUGUUUUGAAGGUCACAGACUAUGGUUAUUUGGAUCUCUUGGAGAGACAGCGGGUUCCUUAUUCCCAGCCCCUGCCAGAAGAAUUGCUGUGGACUGCACCAGAAUUGCUCAGGGAGGCAGAAGGGCCUUGGAGAGGCACUUUCAAGGGCGAUGUCUAUAGUUUUGCCAUAAUUUUGCAAGAGGUGCUGGCUCGGGGACCACCCUACUGCACAUCAGGACUCUCUGCGGAAGAAAUCAUCAGGAAGCUGGUGUCCCCUCCUCCCCUCUGCCGUCCAGUGGUGUCUCCAGACCAGGGACCACCUGAGUGCCUCAGACUGAUGAAACAAUGCUGGAGUGAAGAUCCAGAAGAUAGACCCAGUCUGGACGACAUCUUCAGCCAGUUUAAAAGCAUCAACCAAGGCAAGAAGAGCAGUGUGGCAGACUCAAUGCUACGGCUGCUAGAGAAGUAUUCCCAUGAUCUGGAGGACCUGGUCCAGGCGAGGACAGAAGAACUGGAGCUGGAGAAACAGAAGACAGAGAAGUUGCUCUCACAGAUGCUUCCCCAAUCUGUGGCAGAGGCUCUGAAGGCUGGGACCACUGUGAUCCCAGAGUACUUUGACCAGGUAACAAUCUACUUCAGUGAUAUCGUUGGCUUCACCAUCAUCUCAGCUCUGAGUGAGCCCAUGGAGGUGGUGGACCUGUUAAAUGACCUCUACACACUGUUUGAUGCUGUCCUGAAUAGCCACGAUGUGUAUAAGGUGGAGACCAUUGGCGACGCCUACAUGGUGGCCUCGGGGCUGCCUCGGCGGAACGGCACCCGGCAUGCGGCUGAAAUCGCCAAUCUGGCCCUGGACAUCCUCAGUUCUGUGGGGGACUUCCGCAUGAGGCACGUGCCUGAGGUGCCCGUCCGUAUCCGGGCUGGCCUGCAUUCGGGGCCCUGUGUGGCAGGUGUUGUGGGUCUCACUAUGCCUCGCUACUGCCUUUUUGGAGACACAGUAAACACUGCAUCCAGGAUGGAGUCCACAGGACUACCUUACAGGAUCCACGUCAGCGGAAGUACUGUCCAGACCCUGGCCAGCUUGAACGAAGGCUACAAAAUUGAAGUCAGAGGUCAGACUGAACUGAAGGGCAAAGGAAUAGAAGAAACCUAUUGGCUAGUGGGGAAAACAGGCUUCCCAAAAGAACUCCCUAAACCCAUGGAUAUCAAACCAGGAGACGCCUGGCAAGAAAUGGUGAACCAGGAGAUCAAGUCAUCCUUCAGGAAGGCCAGCCGAAGCAGUGGGAGAUCCAAGAGCUCUGAAAAGGCAGAACCAGCCCCCUGAGAGGAGAAGUCCCAGGCACAGGACCCAGCGUGCAGCACAAGCUGGGGAGCCACUUCCAGCAACCUGACCUCACCUUCCCCACAGCUCCCCUGCCCCUGAUUAGCUAUCCCACUUAUUCCUCCCCUGAUAGGAAACACAUCUCCUUAGCAAGUGCACUGCCUUGAGGUAGCAAUUGGGUAGAUUUUCAAAAUUUAUUAUUAGCUGGGCCCUCAAAGGGAUUGUCAUUAUAAUAUUAACAAUUCCCACAUCAACAGGAGUUGGCUUAAAAAGCCUUCUCCCAUAUCCACCUGGGAAGAAGGUAGCACAAGGAUUAUUAUUAUUUCUACUUUGUAAAUUAGGAGGCUAAUCCUCAGAAAGAGGAGCCCCAAGUCACACAACCAGGGUCUUUGGAUGCUAAGAAACAAAAAGCAUCCAAAACUCUUUGCAGAUGUCCCAGAGCACUGCUCAUAGUACUGACUAGCAUUCAGGCUUUGACUUCUACAGAUUCCUUUGCCACAGAGCUCCCGGCUCUUGAAGAUGCUACAAUGCAGCAAUCACAGAGGCUUGUUCUAAUCGCAUCCUUCAGCUGCUUUUUCAGGGUCCAUUGGGUACCAGAGUUAGAGCAUCACUGGAGACAAUUUUCUCUUUUGAAUCCUUCUAUGUACCAUCGUAGGAGGGAUUGAAUUUUCACCUACUCUAUCUCAAAACAAUUCUUUCUUUCUCUAGGUUUCUGGAGUUUCCCAUCAAUCUCCCUAAAGUCCAGCCCUGGUUAUGUCCCUAUGUGACUUACCUUGCAUGCUGGGGACCUUCCAAACGCCUGCCAGACUAGGCUCUCCACAAUCUGACUUCAGUCUGAUUCAGUCUACUCCCCUUCAAAUCCUCAGCUAAACCAGAUAACUUAGCACUCCCUUGUUUUCCUACUAUCAUGCCUUUGCUUCUACUGUUUUCUGUGCCGGGAAGGCCUUUCCCUAGAAUGCAACUGUGAAAGUACUGUCCAUCCUUCAAGUCUCAAUUCAAUACACAAUUAGUGCAGUUUGUGACACUUUGCACAUCUUUUCUAUGAAACCUUCCUUAAUACUCUCCAGUUGGGAGUGAUCCCAUCCUGUUGUAUCAAAUUUCACCUGUCUCCUGACCUGUGACAUUAUCUCUCUGUCUCCUUUAUUUUCUUUUUGUAAAAUCAAGUAUUUUAUUAUUUACCUUAAAAUUUAAUAUGCCUCUACUCACAACUGUAAGCUUCCUGAAGUCAAUUACCAUGUUCUAUUUAAUAUUUGUAGCUCUCCCAGGA